AUGCCUGUUUGUGGGCAUACCCGAUGGCUGUGCCUAGCCACGCACAACCAAGAAACAUGCCUCGAGGUUUCCGAUCGAGUUAGAACGCUAUUGGACAAUAUCCCCAGCCCAGAUAAGCAGUGUCCUAGCGUGUUAACACUCAUCGGGAACCAGUCCAAGGCACGCUUCCUCCAGAAGCUAUCCGUAAAUGUCAACGGAACGCGGGGACGCAGAUCUCGGGGAGAGCUGCACAUAGCUCUAGCCCCAGACACAGUCCGUGACAAUAAUCCGAUGCUUAUUAUAGACGCAGACCUGCCUUCUAAAGACACGCUACCAAGAAGCCAAAGGCAGCAGCGGUGCCAUGAAAUAGUUCACCGGCAGUUUCUACGGGUUUCCAAAACGGAGGAAUUGCAGCAAGUACAAUACAUCUUUACACGGUUGAUCAUCCCUCACACAGACGUGAUAUGCCUGUUUGCAGGGGACAUAGGGGGAGUCGAUCGUGCUGUAGAAACCGUAACAUCGUGGGCCAGCGUCAAAAGCUUGCAUCAGGUCGGAUUUCGCCCGUGGGUGGUAGUAGUGGUGGACAGUAAAGCAGAAGAAGAGUCUUUCUGGAACCUCGCUACGACGUUGUUAUCUACUAUGAGCGAUGGCAUCACUACGGCCUUUGCGAGCCUACGUGUCCUGAACCUCGGUCGGACGAGACGACGUCAGAGUCGACUGACUGUCCUCUCUCGCGAGAUCAAGAAUCUAUGCAAAUUCUCAACAGAAGGUCGUUCUAAACAGCAGCUCGUCUUCACGGCACGGCACCUUGCAGGGUUCCUCCACUAUGGAGCGACUAGAGGUACUUUCGAUCUAACAGAGUAUAAUAGCUUCAUUCACACGGCACGGAUGGACAAUCCCCCAGCGCCAGACUUAUUGCUGCAUCUACAGAGAUUUAUAGACCAGUGCGGAGUGCUGCCAUUGGAGCAACGGAUAGACUUCAUUUCUACUACGAUUGCAUCCAGUCUCAUCUUAGACGGCUAUCCUCCGGGGAUGCAUGCUUUCCACCCUCGCGCAGUGUUUAACGAGCUAUAUCGCGAGCCCUGCACGAAAGCACUAUAUGGUUCGAAGUUGUGUACAGGUACUGAAAACGACAAAACACUCGCAAACGAGGUGUUGAAGCGGCUAGAGAACGAGUUCUUAUCGUUGUUUAAGGAAUAUAUUUCCUGUCAAUCAUCGAAAAGUUUACACCAGCAGCAGAUAGUGACUUACGCUUGUCACUGGAAAACCAUUACAUCGAACGAGACCUGCCUGUGCUGUAUACGUCGACAGCCUCGCUUUAAACUUGAUUGCGGGCACUCGUUCUGUGAGUGUUGUAUAAGGACUUUCGCGGUAGAAGACGAACUUAAGCCUUCGCGCUUUCAACUGAGUAAUUGUUUGUUAUGCGGGAUAUUGCCCGUACCGGCUCUUAUUCAAAUCAGACCAGAAACGGCAGGACUGCGGGUGCUUAGCAUCGAUGGCGGCGGAACGAGAGGCCGAGUUCCGUUAGAAUUCCUUCGUGUGCUCCAGCAGCGUGUCGGUUUGUCGUUGCCCGUACACGAGAACUUCGAUUUGGUAUACGGGACUAGUUCAGGGGCGAUCAUCGCAUGCGCACUCUGUAUAAAUGGCUGGCAUGUGGAUAAGUGUAUUGCAGCCUUCGAGAGGCUUGCCCGUCUUGCUUUCAAAUCUCGAUUUUCAUUUCAGAUACCUUUUAUUACCAAGCUCUGCGAGCUGUUAUGUUCAAUGCUUGCAGACAGUCGCUACCCCGCGACGGCCCUCGAGGAAGCUCUGCAGACAACCUUUGGAUCUGUGAGAGGUAUGACGGAGCACUCUGCAGCUGAUGAGAAGGGCAUCCUUGUUGGUAUCCCUGUAACUACUAUCCGGGACGUGCGAACUUUUGUUUUUUCAAACUAUAAUGGAAUCGGAAGCCGGGGCCAGAGUGGUUACUACUUUAAGCCAAAAAAGAUCGACGGUCUAGGAGUAUUCCAAGACGGCGGCCUGAUGUACAAUAACCCAGCGUCUCUCGCAAUACGAGAGGCUGCUGUUAUGUAUCCUACCGUCCCCAGGCCUAGCCUUGUCGUCUCACUUGGAACGGGCUCGGCACAAUCACGACCUGAUAGAGCCACCAUCAAUCACCACUUCUGGAGAGACUCAUUCUUCUUUCGCGUCUUCCGCGCCUUCAUGCAAUACGGCAGUGCCGAUAGAGCCUGGCAGCAGCUUCUUAGCCAUUGGAACAUUGACAAGACUUCUGAAGUCUUCCGCUUUGAUAUUGAGUUCGAUAAUGUAGAACCCCCGCUCGAUGAUGUGGAAGGAAUGCAAGGGAUGGCUAAGAAGGCUUUUGACACAAUGUCGAUGUCACCCACACUGGAUAACCUAGUUUCACGCAUCCGCGCGGAGCUAUUUUUCUUCGAACUGGACCGAGUCGAACCAUUCAGAAUGGUCAACGGUACAUACCAGUGCUCCGGAGCUAUAGUAUGCAGACUAGCUCCCGGAUCCGACGAGGCCAAGGAGCUCGUUGCACAAUUCAAGCAAAACAAUGCUAUGUUCGUAAUAAGCGGACAACAUAAGUUACCCAACUUCACUAAUCUGUCGGAACGUUCUGCAACCGGUCCGCUUUUGAUGAAGGUUGAUUUCCAGACUUCUAGUCGAACCGAGCCUAUCAUGAUUGCACUACAAGAGGGGGUAACACAAUCCCCUAUAAGUGGGUUCCCAUUUAGUCUCCAGAAACUACUAGGCAUACAGCAGCUGGAAAAUCGCUUUGGCAGCUCGGAUCAUCGGAAAAGGACUUGGCCCAUUGUGAACACAACACGAUGUAAGCGGAGGCGGAAAGUUUAA